GCGGUGGUGUUUGAUAUCAUGUCGGCCACCGUAGAAGAGGAUAACAUAUCCAUGAUUACGUUGGGAGUGCCCGGUGGAUUUCUUCAUCAUUUGUAGCUAGAAAGAUUUAUUAUAAUUAAUUCCGACGACUUUGAUAGAGGCAUCCUAGCCCAAUAGAGGAAGAUGAGGCUGAAAGAGAUCCAGAGGACGGCUCAUCCAGCAUGGAGUCCUGCCCCCCACCACCCUAUCUGCCUGGCCUUAGGCACAUCAGCGCAGCAGUUGGACGCGUCAUUCAACACCGCUGCCGCCCUGGAAAUAUUCCAGGUGGAUUUUGCCGAUCCUUCCCUGGACAUGAAACUCAAGGGGUCCCUACCUACUUCUAACAGGCUGCAUAGUCUGGUGUGGGUAAACUUUGGAGCAGGAGAAGACGGUUUGGGAGGGAGACUGAUUGGAGGCAGUGAUAAUGGCAUGGUAACGGUGUACAGCCCAGAAGCCAUCGUAACAUCAGGGGCAGAGGCAAUAAUAGGACAGUCUGACAAACACACUGGGCCUGUCAGAGCACUAGACUUCAACCCCUUUCAGAGUAAUCUGUUGGCGUCAGGGGCAAACGAUUCAGAGAUCUACAUCUGGGAUCUGAACAAUUUCAGCAAUCCAAUGACACCUGGGACAAAGUCACAGCUCUGUGAGCCUCCUGAAGAUAUCAGUGUCGUGUCCUGGAACCAACAGGUCCAACACAUCCUGGCCUCUGCCAACCCCAGUGGGAAAGCAGUGGUCUGGGACCUGAGGAAGAACGAGCCCAUCAUCAAGAUUAGUGACCACAGCAACAGGAUGCACUGUUCAGGGAUGCUCUGGCACCCUGAGGUGGCCACACAGUUGGUCCUGGCCUCCGAAGAUGACCGCAUGCCAGUUAUUCAGAUGUGGGACCUGCGCUUCGCCACGUCCCCUCUCAAAGUCCUGGAGAACCACACAAGGGGACUUCUGUCCAUAGCGUGGAGCCAAGCAGACCCAGAGCUGUUGCUCAGUAGUGCUAAAGAUAACAGGAUCCUCUGCUGGAAUCCAAACACUGGAGAGGUGAUCUAUGAGUUACCAACAACCAACCAGUGGUGCUUUGACAUCCAGUGGUGCCCCAGGAACCCAGGGCUGCUGUCGGCAGCCUCGUUUGACGGGUGGAUCAGUGUCUACAGCGUGAUGGGAGGAAGCCUGGAGGCCCAGCAGCAGAGAAGGGCUGAUCAGUCCAUGUGUGGUACUUUCCCACAGAUCUCCUCGUCCUUUGACACCAUGGAUCCGUUUGGGACGGGCCAGGUGCUGCCCCCUCUGCAGGUUCCCCAACCCACCCCUCAGACCACCCUCGUCGCUCCGCUGAAGAAGCCCCCCAAGUGGGUGCGCAGGCCCGUAGGAGCCUCAUUCGCUUUUGGUGGGAAGCUGAUCACAUUUGGGAGCCCUAAGCCUCCAGUCCAGAGCCCACAGCCCGUCCCUGUCCCCAGGCAGGUGUUUGUGAGCCAGGUCACCACGGAAACAGAGUUCCUCCAGCGCUCCAGAGAGCUGCAGGCUGCUCUGCAGUCCGGCUCCUUGUCAGACUACUGCCAGGCCAAGAUCCACAAGGCCCCAACAGACUCUGAACAGGACAUAUGGAGGUUUCUCCUGGUCAACUUUGAAGACGAAGCCCGGGUCAAAUUCCUGAGACUUCUGGGUUUCAGCAAAGAGGAGUUGGAGAGAAAGAUAUCCACCUGCUUGGGGAAGAACCUGCAGCCGAACGGACAUGGAGUGGAUGCCAACGAUCUGGCUGAGAAGAUACAGCUUCUCUCUACUCAGAGGUCAGAAGAGUCCGGUGAUGCAGUCGACUCCACCAAGACCCCUGGUUCAUCCUCCCCCUCAGACUUUUUCAGUCACAUCCCACCACAACCACAGGACAAGGAGAAGAUCAGCUUCCAAAUCCCUGUCUCAGCAGAUGCAGACGGUCUGAUCAGCCAGGCUCUGCUGGUGGGUAACUUUGAGGGAGCGGUGGAUCUGUGUCUGAACGACGGGCGCUACGCUGAGGCCAUCCUGCUGGCUAUCAGUGGAGGAGAGGAGCUACUGCAGAAGACCCAGCAGACAUACCUGGACAAGCAGAGGAACAGCAUCUCCAUGCUGAUCUCAUCCGUGGUGACCCAGAACUGGGGAGACAUCGUGCAGAGCUGUGAGUUGGAUAACUGGAAGGAGGCUCUCGCCGCUCUCCUAACCUACGCUCACCCCAACGAGUUUGCUCAUCUGUGUGACACCCUGGGGUCACGUCUGGAGGGUGAGGGGACAGAGAAACGCUGUCUGCAGGCAUGUCUCUGUUACAUCUGCUCUGGGAACAUUGAGAAACUAGUGGAAUGCUGGGCCCUGCAGAGGGACUGCUCCUCUCCUCUGGUUCUAGAGGACUUGGUGGAGAAGGUGAUGGUCCUGCGUAAGUCUAUUGAGCGUCUGAGGAGCAGUGAGGUGGCGCUACAGAGUCCUGUCCUGGCUGACAAGCUGACUCACUAUGCUGGUCUCCUGGCCUCACAGGGCAGCCUGGUUACAGCAAUGUCCUACCUGCCAGACGCCUCAGACCAGGCUUCCAUCAUGAUGAUGAGAGACCGGCUGUUCCACGCCCAGGCUGAGGGAGCAGCAGGGCGCCAACAGCCCCCACCGUUCCCCUACAACAUAGUCAGUGUGACGGGGGGCCACCCUGCCCCCUCCCAGGCCCCUGCUGCCCCCUCCCAAGCACAACCACCAGCACAGACAACACUGACGCCGGGGCCCCACCAGCCUCCUCUUCCUGUGAUGCCAGUGGUUGGCCAGCCUCAGCCUCCUAUGACUACCGUGUUCACUCCUCAAGCUGCUACUGCUCACUCCAGAGGACCACCUCCUCCUUCAUAUGGUGGUCUGCCACCCUCCUCCCAUGGUCCUCCAGCUAGUGGUCUGCCACCCUCCUCCCAUGGUCCUCCAGCUAGUGGUCUGCCACCCUCCUCCCAUGGUCCUCCACCUAGUGGGCUGCCACGGACAGGGAUACGGCCAGCCUACCCCCAGCAUCCUGCCGCUGCCCCAGGGUUCUCUCCACUCCAGCCACAACAGCCCAUGUCUGCAGGACUCUCUGCCUUCGCUCCAGGACCCACUAUGCCAGGCUCCAGCCUGUCUGGACACCCCCCUGGCGGCCUCCCCACCAUGCCCAGCCCAGGGCUUCCUCCUUCAGGCUUCACCCCCACCUCGCUCCCCUCAGGCCCCAUGCCACCGAGCUACCAGCAGCCUGGGGCCCCCGUCGGCAUGUACCCACCAGGGGGGUCUCACCUUCACAGCCAGGGCCCACCUGCAGGUCCCCCCUCUGGCCCAUACCCACCCAUGGGACCUGGGUACCCACAAGGAGGUCCUGGAGCCCCAGCCGUCAAGUCCUUCUCUGCUCCCUCGGUUGCUCCUCCUCCUACAGGGUACUUCCCUUGGCUGAGUCCUCCCCUUGUUGACGAUGAUGCAGGACAAGACGGCUGGAAUGACCCACCUGCAGUACGAGGGGGUCCCAGGAAGAAAAAGGGUGUCCCAGAGAACUACACUCCUCCUGCUCCCAUCACCGCCCCUGUUAUGGGGGGUUUUCCCAUGGAGGGCCCUCAUCAACCCCAAGGACAGCAGGGCCACGACCCCAGUCGCACCCAGCAGUUCCCCCCAGGGGCCCCUCAGGAGCCCAGCGUACAGCUCCUCCAGGCGCUGCCGGCUGAGAGGGUGGAGCAGAGAGAGAUUCCUGCAGAGCACAUGGUCCUCAAACAGACCUUCGACAGCCUGGUUCAACGCUGCCAGCUAGCCGCACAAGAUCCACAAACAAAAAGAAAACUUGACGAUGCAUCGAAACGCCUUGGGUACCUGUAUGACAAGCUGAGAGAGCAAACGCUGUCUACCAACAUCCUGGGUGGUUUACAUGAGAUCAGUCGCUGUGUGUCUGUCCAGAACUACCCGCGUGGCCUAGAGGUCCACACUGCUGUGGUCACCAGCAGCAACUUCAGCGAGAUCCAAGCCUUCAUGCCCAUCCUCAAAGUGGUCAUGACCAUCGCCAACAAGCUGGCCGUCUGACCGCUGAUCUCACACCUAGGCUAGCGUCUAGAAUGAACCUUAUUUCCUAUAAUGCACUGCUUUUGACCAGACCUUGUGGACUCUAAGGGCCCAAUGAGCUCUGUGGGCUCUAUAAGAGCUCUAUGAGGGCCCUGUGGGCUCUAUGAGGGCCCUGUGGGCUCUAUGAGGGCCCUGUGGGCUCUAUGAGGGCCCUGUGGGCUCUAUGAGGGCCCUGUGGGCUCUAUGAGGGCCCUGUGGGCUCUUGUCAAAAGUAGUGCACUAUAAAGAGAAUAGGGUGCCAUUUGGGACGCACUCCAAAACACACCAAGACAAAACAACCAGACUUCAGUGUUAUCAUAUGAAUGGAUCAUAAUGUUAUAUAUAUUAUUUCUUUUUCAGCUGUUGAAAUGUGCUUUGAUAAAAACAUUUAUUGCA